AUGGCUUCUAAUAAAUUCUUUGAGCAGAGCAUCGGACUUUCUUCCUGCUCUGCAGCUCACAGACAACUUAGAUUUCUGAGGCAGUACCCCCGGGACAGAGCUCCAAGUUUUCUGGUGCAUCUUUAUGCUGUGAACCCUUUGACCCUUGGGGACUCAUGUUCUCAGAGUUUUCAGGUCCCAGCUGGCCUACCCACUGAUUCUAUGGGGAGACAGUAUGCUAAAAGCUGGAAUGAGACUAAGGCUGCUGCUUACUGCAUCCUCCAGGAAGAGAAGCAAGUCACGUGUGCCAACUUAACAAAUGGUGGAAAAUCGGAACUUCUGAAGUCGGGAAGCAGCAAAUCCACACUAAAGCACAUAUGGACAGAAAGCAGCAAAGAUUUGUCUAUCAGUCGGCUCCUCUCACAGACUUUCCGAGGUAAAGAAAAUGACACAGAUUUGGACCUGCGCUAUGACACCCCAGAACCUUAUUCUGAGCAAGACCUCUGGGACUGGCUGAGGAACUCCACAGACCUUCAAGAACCUCGGCCCAGGGCCAAAAGACGGCCCAUUGUUAAGACCGGCAAGUUUAAGAAAAUGUUUGGAUGGGGUGAUUUUCAUUCUAACAUCAAAACAGUGAAGCUAAACCUGUUGAUAACUGGGAAAAUUGUAGAUCAUGGCAAUGGGACGUUUAGUGUUUAUUUCAGGCAUAAUUCCACUGGUCAAGGGAAUGUAUCUGUCAGCUUGGUGCCCCCAACAAAAAUCGUGGAAUUCGACUUGGCACAACAAACCGUGAUUGAUGCCAAAGAUUCCAAGUCCUUCAACUGUCGCAUUGAAUAUGAAAAGGUUGACAAGGCUACCAAGAACACACUCUGCAACUAUGACCCUUCAAAAACCUGUUACCAGGAGCAGACACAAAGUCACGUGUCCUGGCUCUGCUCCAAGCCCUUCAAAGUGAUCUGCAUUUACAUUUCCUUUUAUAGUACAGACUAUAAACUAGUACAGAAAGUAUGCCCCGACUACAACUACCACAGUGACACACCUUACUUCCCCUCAGGAUGA